AAUGCAAACUAAUUCCCGGCAGCGUGUCCCUGCCCGUCCUGGAGAAAAUUGGGGACAUCGUCUUAGGAGGACUCUUCUCCCUUCAUGACAAUGUGGAGGAGCCCAGUUCGACUCAUACCUCUACGCCUCCACCCACGCAGUGCACCAGAUUUAAUUUUCGCACGUUCCGUUGGAUGCAAACUAUGAUCUUUGCCAUUGAGGAGAUCAACAGAGACGGCAAACUCCUUCCCAAUAUCACGCUUGGCUAUAAAAUCUAUGACUCGUGCAGUACUCCCCAUCAGGCUCUGAAGGCUGCCAUGGAGCUAAUGCGUGGGAAAGAUUCAGGGGUUGAUGGAACAACACGGAGUAAAGACACCUGUCAGGGUAUAGUGCCAGCCGUGAUAGGCGACGGAGGCUCUACUCAGUCCCUCGUAGUGGCUCGUUUCCUAGGAGUCUUCCAUGUGCCACAGGUCAGCUAUUUCUCCAGCUGUGCCUGCCUCAGUGACAAAAAGGAGUUCCCUGCCUUUUUAAGGACCAUGCCGAGUGAUUUCUUUCAGGUAGAUGCACUGGCACAACUUGUCAAACAUUUCGGCUGGACGUGGGUUGGUGUGAUUGCAGGGGAUGAUGCCUAUGGUCGUGGCGGGGCAAACAUUUUUGUUGAUGAGGUUAGAAGGUUAGGGGCUUGUGUGGCCCUUCACGAGAUCAUCCCUAAGAACCGAGAGCAGGCUGCAAUUUCAUCUAUUGUUUCCAACAUCCGCUCUUCGGGGGCUCGGGUGAUUCUGGUGUUUGCCGUGGAACAAGAUGCAGCCGCAUUGUUUGAUGAAGCGCUCAGAGAGGGGCUCACUGGGAUACAGUGGCUUGCGAGUGAGGCUUGGAGCACAGCCGCUGUCCUCGCCACCCCCCGAAAGUACCACAGCAUCCUCCAGGGCUCUAUGGGAUUCGCCAUUCGACGAGCAAACAUCCCUGGAUUGCAAGACUUUCUGCUUCGCUUAAAUCCCUCAAGCCCAGAUGCCAGUGAAGAUCCCUUUCUGGUACCCUUCUGGGAAGAGGUGUUUCAGUGCAGCCUGGGUGUGCGGGGUGAAGGUCAAGAACAUAAAACUGAGGGUAAACCCCCAUGCUCUGGAACAGAAGACCUGAAGAGCAUAACUAAUAUCUACUCAGACGUGUCACAGCUAAGGAUUUCCUACAAUGUCUAUAAAGCCGUAUAUGCAAUUGUCCAUGCACUGAAGGCUAUGGGAAGCUGCGUGAAGGGGAAAGGACCAUUUCCUCAGCAGGCUUGUCCUGAUUUAAAAAACAUACAGCCAUGGCAGCUCCUUCAUUAUAUAAAACAGGUGGAAUACUUCAACUUGUUUGGUGAUGAAAUCAAGUUUGAUGAAAAUGGCGACCCUGCAGCCAUGUAUGACCUGGUUAACUGGCAGCAGAGGUCAGAUGGAGAGAUGGAGUUUGUCACUAUUGGCAAAUUUGACGAGUCCUCCACAGCGGUGGACCAAAAUCUUCAAAUCCAGGAGCAGAACAUUAUAUGGAACGGCAACCGAACCAAAGUUCCCUUAUCAGUAUGCAGCAACAUCUGUCCACCCGGUACCCGGAAAGCAAUCAGACCCAAUUUUCCUAUCUGCUGCCAUGAUUGUGUGGUGUGUAAAGCUGGGGAGAUUAGCAAUCAGACUGAUGCCAUAGAGUGUCUGCGCUGCUUGCCAAAGUUCUGGUCUAAUUCUGAGAGGACUGCUUGUAUCCCCAAGCAGGUGGAGUUCCUCUCCUUCAGCGACGCCAUGGGCAUCACCCUGAUGGCUAUUUCCCUCCUUGGUUCUCUCAGCACCUGUGUCGUGGUCUUUAUAUUCUCCUGUCACCGAACCACCCCUAUUGUCAGGGCCAACAACUCUGAGCUGAGCUUCCUGCUGCUCUUCUCCUUGACUCUUUGUUUCCUGUGCUCUCUGACUUUCAUUGGCCAGCCGUCUAAGUGGUCCUGCAUGCUACGCCAUACAGCGUUUGGGAUCACCUUCGUCCUCUGUAUCUCUUGUAUCCUUGGGAAAACUAUAGUGGUGCUCAUUGCAUUCAAAGCCACGCUCCCAGGCAGUAAUGUCAUGAAGUGGUUUGGGGCUGCACAGCAAAGGGCAAUCAUUACUGUUUGUACACUUGUUCAGGUAAUCAUCUGUACAGUGUGGCUGGUUGUGGCUCCACCCACCCCACACCAACUGAUACCACGCGAGAGUGCUAUUGUGAUUCUCUUAUGCGACGAAGGCUCAACCGUAGCGUUCGCUCUGGUCCUGGGCUACAUUGGCCUGCUGGCCUGUAUCUGUCUCCUAUUGGCCUUCCUGGCGAGGAAACUUCCAGAUAACUUCAACGAGGCCAGGCUCAUCACCUUCAGCAUGCUAAUUUUUUGUGCAGUGUGGGUAGCAUUCAUUCCCGCCUACAUCAGUUCCCCAGGGAAAUAUUCCACGGUCACCGAGGUGUUUGCCAUCUUGGCCUCCAGUUAUGGACUGCUGGGCUGCAUCUUCGCUCCCAAGUGCUACAUAAUCCUACUAAAACCAGAAAAGAACACUAGGAAACACCUGAUGUCCAAAGGUGCCACGGACAGAUUUUAGGAGAC